GCAGAUAUUCAUAAUCGUCGUGCGAGAUUAUAAAAAAUAGAGUUUAAAACAAUUUAGUAAAUUGCGAACUGUUGAAGUGAUCAGUUCGAGAAUAGUGCAACUUUCAAGAUGAAAAUUUUCGUCGCAAUUUUGGGGCUCAGCAUAGUAGGAAUUCUGGCUGACACCACAGAGAAAGAUAAUACUAAUUGGGAGGCUAAUAAAAACGCCUGCAUAAAGGAAGUCGGUAUUGAUCCAGAUGCGCUUGAGAAGUCUUUCAAAGGAGCAUUGGACAAGAAUGAUGAGAAGCUGGGUUGCUUCUUGGCUUGUAUAUCGAAAAAAAUGGGAUUGAUGAAUGCUGACGGUUCAAUCAACGAAAGCAGACUUAGAGUUCGAGGCGGUGUUGGUAAGGAAAGAGCUGUUAUGAUGAGGAACAAGUGUAAAGUUAUGAAAGGAGAUAACGAUUGCGAGACUGCACUGAAAGUAGCAAACUGCAUGCAUGAAGAAGAUAACUUGUUAUAAAAAAAAAAAAUUUCAACAUUU